AUGUCGCGUCGUCUGCAAAACAAACCGCGUCCAAAACCACGCACUCGUUCGCAGGUCGCCGAGCCGCCUCCAGUGGACCCCGUACCACAGGAACAAGACCAGCAGGCAGCAUCUGACGAUGAAAAGGAAUCAGAAUGGCGCGCAUCACGUCCAGCGUCUCCACCGCAAAGAACAGAUGAUAUAUCCGAGGGUUCCGAAGCCACUGUACGACCAGUUAGACCAGAACCGGUCAGUCGAUAUGCAAACCUCAAUUACUGGAAGGCCAGACGGGUGACGUUCUAUCGGAAUGGGGAUCCGUUUCAUCCCGGCGUAGAAUUCCGAUUCAAGCCGGGUAGAGACUUGGUGUCCAUGGACGCGUUGCUAGAUAGAUUGUCUGAGAGAUUGGAGCUUCCACGUGGUGCAAGAUUCAUCUUUGGGAUGGAUGGCGAUCGGAAAUAUAGACUGGAGGAGCUAGAAGACGGGGCGUCCUACGUCGUGUCGUCGUACAAGACGUUCAAAGCAGCAAGCUACGGCAAAAAGAACGGCAUGUGGUACGGUGGUACAAGCACAGCCAGCGGCUGGUCCCGCGCCGGCACUCGUAAGCAAUCGGUAGCGGAGUCAGACGCCCCUCCCCCGGGGGGUGGCAAGCCGUCUAGUGGUCGAGUGAUACGGAUCAUUAAUAAUAUGGACCAUUCUAUACAGUGUCGCGUGCUAUUAAAUCUAAGGACAACACAACCAUUCGAAGAGGUAUUAGAAGAUCUCGGUCAAGUAUUGAAAAUGAGUGGAGCUAAGAGGAUGUACACUAUUAACGGACAAGAAGUACGAAGUUUCUCCCAACUUCGAAACGAGUUCGCUGACGUAGAAACAUUCUACUUGGGGAAUGUGAUGGUUCCACCUGCUUUGAGUCCUGGAGUAGCAGCUUUGCCUAUAGAAUCACCGAUACGACGAUCCCGUUCAAGAGCGAACGUAGCAGCGAUCCCGAUAUCAGACGACACACGCGGGAGACGCGCUCGAAGCAAAAGCAGACCACGCGUACUGUAUGCGCCUGAGGGAGAAAUUAUUCGGAAUUCUGACUACACCCUCUUGGAAGUAUUGAAAGAAGAACCAAUGCGAGUGACGAUCCGUGGUUUACGACGAACUUUUUAUCCGCCGAUACACCAUCCUCCUAUAGAUAACUCUCCACCGGAUAAGAAAAUGCAGUUAGACUGGGUAUAUGGCUACCGAGGGUCAGAUUCCCGUAAGAACCUCUGGGUCCUUCCCACCGGUGAACUGCUAUACUACGUAGCUGCAGUGGCCGUUAUGUAUGAUCGGGAUGAGGACUCACAGAGGCACUACAUUGGUCACACUGAAGAUAUUAUGUGUAUGGAACUCCACCCCUCUCGCGAGCUAGUAGCGAGCGGUCAGCGAGCAGGCCGCGGGCGACGCGCACAAGCGCACGUGCGCAUCUGGAGCACGGACACGCUACAGACGCUCCACGUGUUCGGCAUGGCCGAGUUCGAGGCGGGCGUCGCUGCUGUCGCCUUCUCGCAGCUCAAUGGAGGCAGUUACGUUAUGGCGGUAGACAGUGGGCGGGAGAGUAUACUGUCUGUAUGGCAGUGGCAGUGGGGACACUUGCUCGGAAAAGUUGCUACACUUCAAGAAGAGCUAACAGGAGCGGCUUUCCAUCCUCUCGACGAUAACUUACUCAUCACGCAUGGUAAAGGACACCUCGCGUUUUGGAAUCGGCGCAAAGACGGGUUCUUUGAACGAACUGAUAUUAUCAAACCUCCAUCUCGAACCCACGUGACCGCACUACAAUUCGAACAAGAUGGCGACGUGGUCACAGCUGAUAGCGAUGGCUUCAUCACUAUUUACAGCGUAGAUAGCGAUGGAGCGUACUUUGUUCGUAUGGAAUUUGAGGCUCACAUAAAGGGCAUUAGUUCACUGGUCAUGCUCUCUGAAGGAACUCUUAUAUCUGGUGGAGAAAGAGACAGAAAGAUUGCGGCUUGGGAUUCGUUACAAAACUAUAAGAGAAUAACAGAGACAAAGCUCCCCGACUCAGCGGGAGGUGUUCGUACCAUCUACCCUCAAAGACCAGGAAGAAAUGACGGCAAUCUCUAUGUGGGGACAACAAGGAACAAUAUCAUGGAGGGGUCCUUGCAAAGGCGGUUUAACCAAGUAGUGUUCGGACAUUACAAAUCACUAAUGGGUGUAGCGGUCCACCCUGAUGACGAAAUGUUCGCAACAGCCGGACAUGACAAGAACAUCGCCUUGUGGAAAGGACAUAAGCUUAUGUUUGCUACACAGGUUGGGUACGAAUGCGUGUCGCUGAGCUGGCACCCGAGCGGCGCGGCUCUAGCGGCGGGCAGCGCAGAGGGGCACCUGGUCGUGCACAACGCGGACGCGGGCGCGCCCGUGUGCACCGUGCGCGUGUGCGGCUCGCCGCUCAACUGCUUGCAGUACAACACCGCCGGCGAUGUGCUAGCCAUCGGUUCACAAAACGGCAGUAUCUACCUAUUCCGAGUGUCCCGCGAUGGCUUUUCAUACAAAAAGUGGAAUAAAAUCCGCGGCGCGCAACCACUCGUCCAACUCGAUUGGAGUCUGGAUGGCAACUACUUGCAGACAGUCACUGCCGACUAUGACCUAGCAUUUUGGGAUAUUAAAGCCUUAUCACCAGAAAAAAGUCCAAUGGCAAUGAAAGAUGUCAAGUGGUCUACAUACAAUUCGACCAUUGGCUUCCUGGUAUCAGGAAUGUGGAACAACCGAUUCUAUCCAAUGACGUCAUUAAUAACUACUUCAAGCCGUUCUGCUGCACAUGAUCUUCUUAUAAGCGGAGAUUCUGAUGGAUAUCUUCGAUUAUUCAGGUACCCAUGCGCCAGUCCGAAAGCGGAGUACAACGAGGUAAAAGUAUACACUGGAUCCGUAUACUCCGCGCGGUUCCUCUUCAACGACCGCUGCAUAGUCUCCUCCGGGGGCAGCGACGCGGCCCUCAUGCUGUGGGAGCUGGCGGACGACUAGCGGUGGGGCGCGCGGGUGCCCGCUGUUAUACUCGACCCCCCCACUCCCACCCCGCACACACCCGCACCGUCCUACCGUGUGAUGAAUAUGGAGGAACUGGAUUGAAGACCCUAUUGAUCUCCAUCUUAGACCGUAUUGAACUGGAUUGAAGACCGAUAACGUUGUUUGAUAGGGGUAAACUGGAUUGAAGAUCGUAUUAAACUGGAUUGUCGGCCGUAUUGAAUUGGAUUGAAGGCGAAUCCGUUAUUUUAAUAUCCAGGAUGAACUGGAUCCUGGAUUGAAGACGCCGAUGCUCGUUUUAUUGAAGCCCGCGGUAAUGGUCUUUCCAUUAUUUAUGGGUAAACUGUAUUGACGAUUGUGAAUGUUGUUUUAUUGUGGGUUAACUGAAUUGAAGACCUCAUUGAUAAACCUUGUCUAAAUGCUAGAUAUGGAUGAACUGGAUUGCAGAUCGAUAAAGUUGUUUUAAUAGGGGUAAACUAGGUAAAUAGAAGACCGCAUUGUACUGGAUUGAUGUCUUUUUUAUGCUAAAUAUGGAUGAACUAUAUUGAAGGCAGUAUUGAGCUAAACUAAGAUACCAGCAAUCAUCACCGAACGUUUGUCAAUGCUAGAUGAGACAUGGUAAAUUAUAUUAAAGAUCACUUUGUAAAUCGUCGUUUUAACCCUUCAUAUGGACGAACUAGAUUGAAGUCCAGGCGGCUCGGAACAUCGUACGAUCCGAUGCGUAGAAAACAAUUUUAGGUAUUAGCGGGACGUUAUGGGACCUGUGCGAACCGCACUCGCACCUGCACCUAACUUCCGAACCGCCAUUAAGUUUGAAUCGUUUUAUAAUUGUCCUGAGAAGACAUUAUCAACGUCGUCUUAGUUCGUUGUGCAUUCCACAAAAUUUUUAAAUCGAAAUAAAAUAAUUUUAAUAAUACGUACUGGAGUAUAUCUUGGAUUCAUUGAUGCAAAUACAACAUGACAAUCAAGAAACGAAUAAUAAUGUCCCAGAAAAAUUCCAUAACCAAAAUUUCUUCUUAGAUAUCUUUAAGAUUAAAGAAAUUACUUUUGAUUAUCAAAAUCGUUUACACUGCCAUUGUUAAUUCGUGUAGGUACCUACAUAUGACUUUUUCAAAUUGUACAAGAAACGGGAUCUUAUUAAAACAUUGUUUCUGUAAAUCGUUAUUAUUAAUGGCAACUCAAAAAAAAAAAUGUAUCUUUCGAAGCGUUAGAGCUAGCGCGCAAGAGCAAUUUUUG